AUGGGUGACAAAGUAAUUUGGGGACUGUCAGAGAAAGGGAAAUUUUCAGUAAAGAGUGCUUAUUAUGCAGAUUUGGAGACCAAGAAUCAAAAGACAGGAGAAACAUCCAAUGGAGAUCAAAAUGAAAGGCUGUGGAGGAAGGUGUGGAGAUUAACAAACUCAGGUAAGGUAAAACAAUUUCUGUGGGAAGCUCUCAAUGGAAUAUUACCCACAAGGAGCAUUCUUUUCAAGAGAAGGAUUAUUGAUAACUCAACAUGUCCUGUGUGCAACAGAGAAGAAGAAACAGACAUACAUGUGCUUUGGGAUUGUCCUGCUUCAGUAGAUGUAUGUGGUGAGGAUUGUAGUCCAGUCAGAAAGUGGGGAAGAAACUAUGCUGAUUUCACGACACUGUGGUCAAAUUUACAGUCUAAGUUAGAGGAAGGAAAGCUCCACAUAGUAGCUGAGGUGUUGUACGACUUGUGGAAGAGAAGAAAUGACAUGGUUUUUGAAGGAAAAUUCAAGGGGCCUUGUGUUCUGAUCCAGCAGGCAGUGCAAGAAGUAGAGACGGUAAAUGUGGAUGCAUCCAUGGAUUCCAAGAGAGGAAAGGUGGGAAUUGGUGUUGUAGUGAGGGACUUCAGAGGAGAGGUCCAUGUGGUAGUUGCUGCCCCCAUACAGGUGAUAGAGGACAUCAAAGCUGUGGUGCACGCCCAGCCAGGGUGGUCUGUGACUUUUAAGGGAAGAGAUGGCAAUAGAGGAGCACAUGCAGUUGCGAAGUUAGCUCUCUCCUUAAGUACCGAGUGUGUGUGGAUGGAGGAGGUACCAACUGAGGUCCUCCCAGCUGUUGUAUCGGACUUGCCUAGCUUUGUAAUGUCAGUUUAA